UCUCAAGGCAAGCAACAACUCCGGUUUAGAGCAAACCAGCGCAACGUCAUGUCGCAAAGAACAACGGUCCGCACGACCUACGAGGUCGAGCGCACGCUGCAGCCUAUCUACUCCGGUGGCAGCAUAGCGCUCAGUGAAGAUGGGCGCAUCUUGGCCGCAUGUCUGGGCGAAGAAGCACUGCUCACAGAUCUCUCCACCGGGAGAGAGUUGGCAAGAGCAGAGGGCGACGGUGAGGCAAUCACAUCGCUGGCCCUAACGCCCUCCGCGUCCCACCUCAUUGUAUGCUCGCGGUCGCUGUCCAUGCGCAUUUAUGCCCUGCAACCCUCCGCAACCGACGACGAAUCGAUCGAACUUGAGCUCCUCCGAUCAUUGAAACCGCACACAGGCCCUGUUGUGACAUUGGCCGUGGAUAGCACUGGCACGCUCGUAGCAACUGGCGGAGCAGAUGGCGUAGUCAAGAUCUGGGACAUCCGCGCAGGAUACACCACGCACACCUUCCACGGCCAUGGCGGUGUUGUCUCGGCGCUACACUUCUUCCAGGUCGAGGUGCUAACAAAAGGCGAAGACGCAGACGGUGGCAAGAAAAGGAAGAGGAGCAAGUCCCAGCAAAGGUCCGAGGCAGAGGGAGAGCGCACGCUUGAAUACCGAUUGGCCUCCGGUGCUGAAGACGGCAAGAUCCGCAUUUGGGAUCUGCACAAGAAAAAGAGUGUCGCGGUGCUGGAUUCGCACGUUUCUGUUGUGCGCACGCUGCAGUACUCGUCGGAACAGAAGGUGCUGAUUUCGGGAAGCAGAGACAAGACGUUGAUAUUCUGGUCCUCGGAGAAAUGGAAGCAACAACGGACAGUCGCCGCACUGGAAGGCAUUGAGAGUGCAGGCUUCCUUGCGAAUGGGCAGAUUGUGUACUCUGGCGGAGAGCACGGCAAUGUCCGACUCUGGUCGACAGCUACUGGCCAGGAGCUGACCGAGGAGCAAGAGCCCGGAAACGAGACGGACGAGAUUGUCAACAUCCUGUAUUACCCGACCCUCUCCUACCUAGUCUCAGUUCAUGCUGAGCAGGUCCUCAAUUUUCAUUCGUUGAAGUCGGUCGAACCACCCUUCGUCGAGGAGACGAUCGAGCCGCUUUCCAUCUUCCGACGGGUAUCUGGCACCCACGACGAAGUCAUCGAUAUUGCCUACGUUGGGCGAGAUAGGUCGCUUAUGGCCUUGAACACAAACUCAGAGGAUAUCCGGAUAGUCACAUUAAGGGAAGACACAGCUGAGGGAAAAUACUUUGGUGCGGACGUCGGAGUCUUGGAGGGGCACGAAGACAUCGUCAUCUGUUUAGACGUGGAUUGGUCGGGUCACUGGCUAGUCACAGGUGCCAAAGACAACACAGCGAGAUUAUGGCGGCUGGAUCCUGAGAACAGCUCCUUUGAGUGCGCCGCUAUCCUCACCGGUCAUGCAGAGUCUCUUGGAGCCAUUGCUCUACCCCACACAAUUCCACAGGAGUCUUCGGCUGCAUUCACAGACCCCCUGUCACAUCCACCGGCAUACAUUGUCACAGGAUCGCAAGAUCGAACAGUAAAGCGAUGGGACAUCACCAAGGAUACCAAGAAGCUGCGCGCAAAGUACACACGAAAAGCCCACGACAAGGACAUCAACGCUAUUGAUGUCGAUCCCUCUGGCGCUCUCUUCGCAUCAGCAUCGCAGGACAGGACAGUCAAGAUCUACUCUGCGGCAGAAGGCGAAGCUGUCGGUGUUCUCAGAGGGCAUCGCCGUGGUGUCUGGACUGUCAAGUUCGCACCAAAAACAUCACAAGCACCCAGUGCUGGCAACAAAGGUUUGAUUGCCACUGGAAGCGGAGACAAGACAGUGAAGAUUUGGAGUCUCUCGGACUACUCUUGCCUACUCACACUCGAAGGCCACUCCAACAGCGUCCUCAAGCUCGCAUGGCUGCCUUACCGACCAGUCGACGCACGCGACAAGCGUGGCCCACAGGUAGCAUCUGCCGCUGGUGACGGUCUGGUCAAGGUCUGGGACUCGUCAUCUGGCGAGUCCAUGUCCACACUUGACAACCACGAAGACCGUGUAUGGGCGCUCGUAGCCCAUCCGGAAACGGGAGCUCUGGUAUCCGGAGGUGGAGACAGCAUUAUCACAUUCUGGAAAGACACAACAACAGCAACACUCGAAGCUGCCACAACAGCCGAAACCGAGCGCGUCGAACUCGACCAGAAACUGCAGAACUACACCUACGCAGGCAACUACCGCGAAGCCAUCACGCUGGCCCUGCAAAUGGACCAACCAGGUCGUCUCUUCGCCCUCUUCAAAUCCGUCUCCGAGACAGAACAACCAGAUGAAGGAAGCAUGUCCGGCUUAGCUGCCGUCGACGACGUGCUCGCCAACCUCGCCGACGAGCAGCUCUACAAGCUCCUCCUACGCCUUCGCGACUGGAACACGAACGUCCGCACCGCACCCGUCGCGCAGAAAAUUCUCUGGACAGUCGUCAAGUCAUACCCUGCGUCCCGACUCGCCAGCCUCAGGCCCAAGGGCAAGGUUGGUGCGAAGGGCAGCCUGAGAGACGUACUGGAUGCGAUCCGCGUGUACUCAGAGCGGCACUACAAGAGGGUCGAGGAGCUGGUUGAUGAGAGCUAUCUGUUGGAUUUCACGCUCAGAGAGAUGGAUGAGGUUGGUGAUAUCAAGGCUAUUACGAACGGCACGUCGAGUUUGGGGUUGGAUCAUGAUGUGCUUAUGGUCGAGUAGGUGUUGUUUGGAUAGAUCAAUAUACCCCGUUCUACAUCAAGCAUUA